AUGCAAUUUGCACAUAAGAUCUGCCUCUUCCUGGGCAUCAUUUCUGUCAUCCGGCCUGUCCGUGCAUUUUCUUCAAGUCGGCCCCCCCCACCUCAGUCUCCGUAUGACCGGCGAAGCCCAUCUAUCAACCCCUCCACUCCGCCCACCCACGCGGACCUUGAGCAAGGCCGUGGCAGUAAUUUGUACCGGCCAUUCAAUCCAUUGCUUGGACCAGGCAGCCGCGUGGCUAUAGAUGGCGCAAAUGCCCCCGGAGAGGGCAGUACGCUGGCAAGGCUGAUCACCAUGAAGCUAUUCAAGUCGCAGAUGCGGCCCUAUUUGGUCAUUCCUUCGCUGGGCAAGGUACCAACGGGCCUUGGUUUUGAUCAGUACCGGGGCCUGUCCCGUUAUAUUUGCACGGCGCCUGUGGAUAAAAUGAAAGAGGGCGACGGUCGGUUUCCCCCCGAAAUCGAUGGAUUGGUGCUUUGCUCUGAGAGAGGGUACACAGCGCACGAUGUUCGAGCAAUCCUGGCGCGUGUGGACGAUGGAAAGGAGGAAAGUCGAGGAGGAAUAGAAAGCCGAGCGGAAGCAGGGGAGACGACCGGAUUGAAACGUGUCGUGAUGCUUUCAAGCCUCGGGGUGAACAGACGCGAGGAUAUGAUGUGGAAAAUCUGGCAAUUCGGCGUGGAUUUGGAGGCAAGAGUGAGUAGAGAAAGAAGACGUGAGGAAGAGGAGGAACACCAGGCCGAGCAAGAACUCAUCGCACAAGCACACCGGCGGGGCUUCACAUACACACUCAUCCGCGUCGGCCCCUUAAGGGGCGGGGGCGGCGAAGAAGGCCUUGGCAACGAUUUCUACGGGCAGAACGAGGGGCGCCACCAUCCUCUGAACCCCUUCCCCUCCCUCGCCGCGAAGAGGGACGAGGCCUUCGACCUGACCCGCCGGGGCUUCACCUUCUCCUACUGCGACAACAUCCAGGGGGAAACGGGGAGGGUGCUGGCUGCGGAGACCUUCGUCAAGGCCCUGGGCUCAGCCCAUGUCGAGGACGUGGCCAUCGCCCUUGUGAGCGAGCAGGGCCGAACGUGGCCCAACUUCCAGGUGGCGCCGUGGGAUUUGUUCUAGCCUGAGGCCCGCCGGUCUGGAAGGGUCUGCCCCUCUUGGCGUUAUUGUCGGUAAUGGAGAGGAAGCUUUAGCGCUGUGAAGGAACGGAAGGCGCGAGGCCUCCCCGAAGAGGGGUCUCGGAGGAAGGAAGGGAGGUUGCCAAGCGGGUGGGGCCUUCGCUGCCUAGAGAGAUACGGUCUUAGGCACGACCUAUGCAUAUGUAAUUUGUUUAAAAUUUCGAUUCAUUCGUGAUGUACAGCUUUGCAGGUAUUGUUGUGAAGCCACGAUAUGUAGGAUAAUUUCGCUUAGUACAGUAUUGUAGAGACCCGGGGCUGCCCCGCGUGAAGAAUUCGGGAUACUGAGGCAAUAGCAAGGUAAAUAGGAUGACCUAUUGAACUGAAGCCGGCGAUUCAUAAGAUAGUUUCGCUGUAAGGGGACCGGGAGGAGGACGACGGCAUUCGUGCGGAGGCGCAUGACAGGCAGAGAUGCCAAGGCUGUUUAUAAGAUGUGCCGCUCGUGAACAAAUGAUAGCAUCUUCGUAACAAAGUGACGUCCUAAAACAAUCGACAAUAUUAUCA